AUGGUACGAUCAACAUUUGUACCAGUGCCGACUCAAUCUCAAUCUUAUUCCAAAACUGAAACUGAAAAUGAAACCCAAGCUCAAGCUCAAAUACCGACGCAAGAUGAAAUCACCUUUUCACCGAAACAAUUCCCCAUGUCUUUACCUUCGCUAACAGAGAGUCCCAUUCCAACAAGAUCCAUCGACUUAAAAUCACUAAAUGCGUCUCUAACGCAACAUAAUCAGCACUUUUCGGAAACAGAAACGGAAACGGAAACGGAAACCGAAAUACCUAGUAAGACUACAGCAUCGUCUAUAAAAUCAAAACCGUCUUCGCCGCCAUGCAACCUUCCAUCCUUAGACCAAUUGGUGAAUGACUGUUUUCUACUAUCAAUUGACAAACUUUCAAACAAUCAAGAAUAUUAUGGUGACAACGAUGCAUUAAGGAUAGCUAUGGCCAAAAACUUUCAUGAUUUUUUGAACAGGCAACAUUGUCAAGAAAACCUAGAUUUUUUGAUUGAUAUUUAUCGAUACGAGUACCUUUUCAAUUUGAAGUUUUACCCCAUGUGCCAACCUGAAGCUUCCGGAUUGUCCUUGAAUGCAAUCAGUAAUACUAUUUCAACUAGUGAAUCUCUAUACAAAAGCAACAAGGUUUCUUCGAAAAGAGAUUCUAUUAGUUCAGUGGUUCGGAAUAGUAGUAGCGGCGGCAGUAGAAACCGGUCAGAUUCCUCGUUUGAUUCCCUUUCAAGACCUUUUAAUGAAGAAUCACUAUUGCAUGAUCCACUGAAUGCCUUUGUCUCAACUAUAGACGACUUAGACAUGACUGAAACAUGGAAAACUUUUGGCUCAAAACAAAUUGACGAUACUCCCGAAUUGGAAUCAGACACAGAAGAUGAGGGCAAUAGUAUUGAGGAUCCUGUUUGUGUUUCUCGUGAAGAUAUUGACGAAUUGAAUUUGAAUUGGAGUAUUAUUAUGAAUACAUAUAUUAAACAAGACUCGCCACUACAGAUCAAUAUAUCGCAGAAACUAUUCAAGGAAAUUGUCGAAGAAAAUUCUAUAAACAAAUUGCACCAUCCAAUGAUUCUAUUAAAGGCCAAAAAGGAGGUUUUGAGGAUGUUGAAGGAAAAUGGAUAUUUUGAGUUUAUGAGUCAGUAUAAGAAGCAAUUAAUGCAAAAGCGUCAGCAGGAACAACAACAACAUCAACAACAUCAACAACAACAACAACAACUGCAACUGCAACAACUGAAACUGCACCUACAACUGCAGCAGGAACAACAACAACAACAACAACUGCAAUUGCAACUGCAAUUGCAACUGCCGCAACAGCCACUGCAGCUUCGGGAAGAAGACUUGUGUAAUAUCCUUCCCUUUGAACCGCAAGUGGAUCAAAUAGAAAAACAAUCCUAUUUCUCUAGCCGUGCAUCUACUCCGAUUUCCACCAAAUCGACACCCCUUUCACUUGAGAUGAGAGAUGUAGCAGAUACUGCAGAUCAGUCACCAUCAUUAUUCACUAGACUUUCGUUUUUCCCUAGAAAGAACAAACAUUUACACCAAGUAUCGUCACCACCAACACCACUGCAACAUUCCCCACUCACUGCAACUUCAUCGCUCCCCGAGGAAGAACCAUUGCCGUUACAGUCAUCCUCCUCAUUUCUGAGUAUAUUGGGCCAUUUGAAAUUCAACAAUAAUUACAACCACUCCUCAAUGAGUAGUCAUUUAGAUUCAUCAUUAUUAUCAAAAACGUCGAGCCCUCCCAACUCGGUUCCAGUGACUACUUGUUCACCCACGUCAUUACCAACGCAAAAAGUUUACAAAUCACACCAAUCUCAUCAGCAUAACUUUAUGCCUCAUACAUCAUCGUCAUCAUCAUCACAUAGCAUUAGUGCAACUAAACUAUUUGGUAACAGUAACCUGCACAGUGUGACUAAUUCGCCACAGUUGGUAGCUAAACAAAGUAAUAGUGGUAUUGCCGAUAUUAGGUCUUUGAAUGCUAGUCCCAUUUCAACGAGUAGUAGCAAGAGUCAAUCUAAUAGCGGUGCAAGCCUAAACUCGUCAUUUAAGUUUUGGAAAAAACGCACAUUAUAA